AUGGCGUCAAACAACCCCUCAUAUCUCAUCAUCGGCGCUGGUGUCUUUGGAGUCUCGACUGCCUAUCAUCUCAUUCAGAAGUAUCCCAAUGCAUCGGUGACUCUGGUGGAUCGAGACGCAUAUGACGCCGACUCCCGUGUAGCCGCAUCAUGGGAUUGGAAUAAGGUCGUUCGCGCCGACUACGACGACAAGGUCUACUGCAAACUGGCUCUUGAAGCCCAGGACAUUUUCAAGUCAGACCCUCUAUGGAAGCCCUAUUUCCACCAGACUGGCGUCUAUUGGAAUUGCCGCAGCGACUACGCGCAGAACGUCAUCAGCCACCACAAAGAGCUUGGCCGCAAUGACGAUAUCAUCGCUCUACCUGUCGCCAAGGCGCGGAAGCUCUACGGCGGAAUCUUCGAUAAUGCUGAUUACACCGGAGUCAAGGAGGUCCUCAUCAACAGGGCCAGUGGCUGGGCUGCCGCCGGAGAUGCUUUGACAGCAGUUACCAAAAGAUGUGUGGAACUGGGCGCCAAAUACGUGGUUGCUGAAGUUGCAAGUUUGGAAUUCGAUGGUCGCGGCUCCUGCACUGGUGUUCAGACAAAGUCUGGAGAGAGAUUGUCAGCCACGCAUGUUGUCGUCGCUGCGGGCUCUUUCACUCCCACACUGCUAGAGUGGAGCGCUGCGAAGAGCGGCAACCCUGGCCUCAAAGCUGGAGAGCGGAUUCUGGCUGCUGGCAUUACGACAGGAAUGGCACAGCUCAAUGAGGAGCAGCUCAAGAAGUAUAAAGACAUGCCUGUGGGCUUCCAGGGGUAUACACCCGAGGAGGGUAAACCCUUCAUUGGUAGCCUGCCACCUACCAAGGACGGAGAGAUGAAGUGGUGGGGAUCGAAGAUCUUCACAAAUACUCGAGAGGUUCUGCCCGGUCGUUAUAUCUCUUCUCCCCCACCGACACACGACUACAACCAGUGGAAAGUUCCUGGGCCUCUCAAGCAAGACAUUGUGGAGUCAAGAAAUCUGUGGUACGGACCCGAAAGUGCGACUUGGGAGAUGAAGAAACACCGUAUUUGCUGGGACGCAUUCACCACCACCUCCGAUUUCAUCAUUUCUCCACACUCCGCCUCCAAGGGAUUGUAUGUUGCCUCCUGUGGCUCGUUCCACGGCUACAAAUUCUUCCCAGUGCUUGGGAAAUACAUCGUCCAGAUGAUGGAGGACGAGUUGGCGCCCGAAUUGGUGGAGAGAUGGGCAUGGGAUCGACAGCGACCUGAUUCAUCUCAAAAUGUCGAAUACCCGAACGCUGAGAUGAGGCAUCUGCUGGAACCUACAGCGAAGCUAUAG